UCCUCUUUGUCUACCUAGUCUUUGACAUCGAUUGACCAAACCAAAAGACCCGAAAACCUCAAUGGGUAACUGCAAUGGCUACCCCUCCUCCGCCACCACCGACUCCGCCCAGGGUCGGCAACAAUUUAAUGGCGGAGUCACUGUCCAUCCCCCAGCUGCCGUCCCCCAGCCGCGUUCUCCGCAACCUAAACCUCGCACCUACCACCACACCUCCCCCAAUUCCAGUGGAGCCACCAUCGGGCGCGUGCUAGGGAGACCUAUGGAGGAUGUAAGAUCCACGUACAUCUUUGGGCGGGAGCUUGGCCGUGGCCAGUUUGGGGUAACCUACCUGGUCAGUCACAAGGAGACCAAGCAGCAGUUGGCUUGCAAAUCCAUUUCCACUCGCAAGCUCAUCAACCGUGAUGACGUGGAGGACGUCCGUCGUGAGGUUCAGAUUAUGUACCACCUAACUGGCCACCGUAACAUAGUUGAGCUGAAGGGAGCUUAUGAGGACAGACACUCGGUGAAUUUGGUUAUGGAGCUCUGCGAAGGUGGGGAGCUGUUCGAUCGGAUCAUAGCGAAGGGACAUUACUCAGAAAGAGAGGCUGCGAACCUCUGCAGGCAGAUUGUGACUGUGGUUCAUAAUUGUCACUCGAUGGGGGUGAUGCACAGGGACUUGAAGCCUGAGAACUUUCUCUUCUUGAGUAAGGAUGAGAAUUCCCCCUUGAAGGCAACGGAUUUUGGUCUGUCUGUGUUUUUCAAGCCAGGAGAUGUAUUCAAAGACCUUGUUGGAAGUGCAUAUUAUGUGGCUCCGGAAGUGUUGCGCCGAAAUUAUGGAGCUGAGGCUGAUAUUUUUAGUGCUGGAGUUAUAUUAUAUAUUCUUCUCAGUGGGGUCCCUCCAUUCUGGGGAGAGAACGAACAAGGUAUCUUUGAUGCUAUUCUGAGGGGACAUAUUGAUUUCUCCUCUGAUCCCUGGCCUUCAAUAUCAAGCAGCGCCAAAGAUCUUGUCAAAAAAAUGCUACGAGAUGAUCCUAAAGAGAGAAUUUCAGCAGCUGAAGUCCUUAAUCAUUCAUGGAUGCGUGAGGAUGGUGAUGCUUCAGAUAAGCCUCUUGAUGUUGCUGUUUUAAGCAGGAUGAAACAAUUCAGAGCAAUGAACAAACUCAAAAAAGUAGCUCUAAGGGUUAUUGCAGAAAAUCUUUCUGAAGAAGAAAUCAUGGGAUUGAAGGAAAUGUUCAAAUCGAUGGACACAGACAAUAGCGGAACAAUAACUUUCGAAGAGUUGAAAGCAGGUCUUCCAAAGCUCGGCACCAAGCUUUCUGAAUCUGAGAUCAGGCAGUUGAUGGAUGCGGCUGAUGUGGAUGGAAAUGGAAACAUUGAUUACGUUGAGUUUAUAACAGCUACCAUACACAUGAAUAGAGUGGAAAAAGAGGAACACCUAUACACAGCCUUUGAAUAUUUUGAUAAGGAUAAGAGCGGGUACAUUACUAUGGAAGAGUUGGAGCAUGCCCUUAAAAAGUAUAACAUGGGUGAUACAAAGACAAUCAAAGAGAUCAUUGCUGAAGUUGAUACAGAUCGGGAUGGAAGAAUUAACUACGACGAGUUUGUUGCCAUGAUGAGAAAAGGCAAUCCAGAGUUGGUCACAAAUAGAAGGCGAAAAUAGGCUUACACCACUUCAUAAUUUCAAGUGAUGGAAUCCUACCCAGUUGGUUCAUUAAUUGUUCUGGGUUUUGCAUAUGAGUGAGAUGUUUUAUUUAAUCUGUUACAUCCUCCUGCAUUCGUGGGAUAGCUAGCCAUUGAUCCAUGAGAAGCACAGAUGGUCUCUGCCUGCUUUUAGCUUUUUCAAAGAGAUAAUUUGGUAGAACACACGGUUUGUAUUCUGAGAAAUUUGGUGUUGCUGUCGGUCGAACUUGUUUGUCCUUUAGAUGCUGGAUUGUGUUCCAGAACUCAGACUAUAGUUUAUACCAUUUUGUUUAUUAGACCAGCUUUUUUAUACCAUGUCCAUGUUCUGCAGGAGACACUGCAAAAUUACUACUGUCUAGUUAACCAUUAAACAACUGAGUAGACCGGUUGCAUAUUUUGUAAUUGCUUUUGUGCAUGCAAAUUAUGCUGCCAAAUUCUAUGAUUAAUCUCUCAGUAUUGAAUAA